AUCAUAGUGGGGGGAGUGGCCAGCACUCCGGAUGAUGUGCAGACCUAUGCUUCUUGCACUCUUCUUGCAUCCAGCUUGGAAGAAAGCAGGCAGGAAAACGAGAAAGCACAAGGCAAAGCGCAGGCUGGACCUAUCGAGGCUUGUGUGGCAUGGUUGCUGGAAAAGGAAUUCAUUCAGGCUCUGGACUCUGGCAGUGGUGUGAAAGCAAAGGUUUAUCAUCCAACACAUCUUGGCUCAGCCCCCCUUUCCUCUUCUCUUUCCCCAACUGAAGCCAUGGAAAUCUUUGCUGACCUGCAGCGAGCUAUGAAAAGCUUUGUUCUGGAGAAUGAUCUGCAUAUUGUUUAUUUAGUCACUCCACUCUAUGAGGAGUGGACCACGAUUGAUUGGUACCAGUUUUUCUGCUUAUGGGAGAAGCUGCCCGCCUCAAUGAAACGUGUGGCUGAGCUGGUGGGGAUUGAAGAAGGCUUUCUGGCUCGCUCUGUAAAGGGCAAGAUCUUAGCUAAAACAGAGAAGCAGCACAGGCAAAUGGCCGUCCACAAAAGGUUUUUCACCAGUCUCGCCCUCCUGGAUUUAAUCAGUGAGGUUCCCUUAUGGGAUAUGACCAAGAAAUAUGGCUGUAGUCGUGGCCAACUUCAAUCCUUGCAACAAUCUGCUGCCACUUAUGCAGGCAUGGUAACGGUUUUCUGUAAUCGCCUGGGCUGGCACAACAUGGAGCUGUUGCUCUCUCAGUUCCAGAGCCGCCUCACUUUUGGGGUUCAUCGGGAGCUUUGUGACCUGGUACGAGUGUCUCUGCUGAAUGCACAGCGUGCGAGGACACUUUACAACGCUGGCUUUGUCACAGUGGCUGAUCUUGCUAAAGCCAGUCCUGAUGGUGUGGCAACUGCUCUGAAGAAUGCGGUACCGUUCAAGAGUGUUCGUAGGGCUGUGGAUGAAGAUGAAGAAUCAGCAGAGGAACGUCGGGCUGUGCGCAGCAUCUGGAUGGCUGGAAUGAAAGGCUUAACCGAAAGUGAAGCAGCUUCCCUUAUUGUGGAGGAAGCCAGGGUACUUCUCCGGCAGGAUUUGGCACUGAUGGGAGUGCAGUGGAACCCAGAGUCUUUUCUCGAGUCUGAUACGUCCUCUGUGAUCAGCAGUGAGUCAGAACUGGAAGACAGACUACAUAGAUCAAAUGGAGAGCAGUCUUCUGAGUCUUCCAUGGUGUUAAACAAAAAAGGGUGCAGAGUUCAGCAUUGUAAUGGCCUUGGUUCUCAGACUGGAAGCUUAUCUAAUAUUAAAAAGAGAUGUAAAAGGCGACUGAGCGGUAGUACAGAAAACUCCAGACUGGGGAGUGAAGUCUCAGCUGGGAGACAGGCUCGAGCAGAGCAAGGCAACAAUGAUAUUGUGCACAGUGCUAGAAAACGGCCAAAUAUGUGCAGAGGUAAUGAAAACGUAGAAGAAAUUUCUCUGGUCAAAACCAAGAUGGAGUCCAGGAAAGUAAUUCCAGAACUCCCUACUGAACGAGGAAAAACGCCAACACUGAGAACAAAGUCUUCAGCCUCUAGAUUGAUAAAAAGUACGGACACGCAUUUAAACCGGAGCAGGAACAAAAAUCCUGUGUCAAAACUGCAGAGGUCACUCCUUGAAGAAUCAAAUAUGCUUAGCAUAGACCUACAAAAGCCGCCUGCUUUCCACUCCCCCAUCUCUAAAGACAACUUUUUUUCAGACCAAUAUAACAAGGGUUUUAUGGAAACAGGGUCUGUAACUCAUAAAGUCUUGAAUUUUGCACAGAUGGGGGAAAUUAAUCUUGAGAGGAAAGAUAAAAGGGAAGGAUCAUUUACAGAGCCUUCCACCACUAAUGAGGGCAUGCCUAAGGGGAGAGCCUGUUUGCAGGCACCUCCUACGUUGCAGGGAACUCCACACGUCAACCUGGAGACACGUAAUGUUGUAGAGAGUCUGGUGAUGCCUGCUGGUGCUAGGACACAGAGACAGGAAACUACUGAUGGUAAGCAGAAUAAAAUGAAUAACGUGCAAACAGAUGGAAGCUGUGCCGAGGUGAUGCUUGGUAAGCAGCAGACGGCUUUAGAUGCCGAUCGCCGUAACGUAACUGCUAGCCGCUCUGGAAAUGGACGUGUCUGUAACAGCAGCAGGAUACGGAAACCUGCGCAUCUUUGUCCUGGUGAGGAUAAAUCCUGCGAUGUCCAGAUUCAGAAUGGUGGCGAAAAUGAGAGUGAAAAGCCCAAUGGAAUAUUGUUAGAAGCUGGAGCACUGCAGAAAGCCAACAGUCAUCCUAAGGGUUUUCUGAAAGACUCUCUAGGACAAUCCAGAGGUGUUUGCGAUGCAGCUGAUGUUCAGAACGGUCCAACCUCUGUUCUGUUUUCUGACUCUAGAGACUUUGAAGACAGCUUCCAGCUGGAUACUCAAACAGAGAUGAUGAUAAAACAGGAGGGAGCAGCUGGAAUCACAGGACAUCAGGGAAUACAAGGUUCAGAGCUGGCGGUGAUACCACAGCAGGAAAUCUCCAAGAGACUAAGCACUUCACAGACUGAGAAUGCUACUCAUGAAAGGCUGGCUGCAACAGUUAGGAAAUUGGGCUUAUCAAGCCUUAUCACAACAAAUAGCAUUACAAAAAACACAGCUCAGCACUGCAGUAGUAAAGUUUUGGAGUCUGGAGACCUUAAUUUACAGCCCAUAAUGAAGGAAAUAGAAUCUGCACCUUGCAUUAAAGAAAGUGAUUUCUCAGUGACCGACUCCCAGUUACACAGUUUUCUACAACAUUACCAGACUCAAAAUUCAGUGAAAGAGGAGGCUGCACCUAAAGACCUUAAUAAAGCAACCUCUCCUGUUGGUAGGGAGCACAUUGUACAAGUAGAAUGCCACCCUGUCCCUGAAACAAGCCUAAAUAUGAGUGAUAGCUUGCUGUUUGAUGAUAGCUUCAGCAAUGUCAGUGACCUUUCAGCUGCUCACGUUAUGGAAGCUGACAGAAAGGAACCUGUGGAGAAGCAAGGGGCUUUGCUUUCUCCAGAAGGUCUUUUGCAGAACCUAAGGCCUGUUCAGAACAGGCUUGAUGUCACUGGCAAUCAGAAAGAGCGUGAAGACCCUGCGCAGUGUAAUAAUAUGUCUCUAGCAUUCUCUGAUCUAAUAGCUGAAGUUUUAGAUCAUGCAAACUCCCCAUCUUUUCUGGAAGAUCUUCCUUCUACGCUUCACAGUCAGUCAGGAUUAAGGAACCCCGUGAUUUGUAACAAUGACCCCAGACCAAAGGGCUUAGCAGGGUUUCAAGGUGAAAAGCUCCAGAGAAGCCAGCAAGCUUUAGACAAGAAAACCCAUCCAGCGAUGUGGACUGACCACUCCUUUGAGCUAAGCCCAGGAUUGCAGGAUGUAUUGGACAAAUGGCCUAGUCCCUCGGGCACUGAGCCAGUCUCAGUAAGGUCCUGUUUGAAAGACAAGUUAGUUGCUCCUAUUGCUAAUCGAGAGCCAGAUGCAGUUUUUGAAUCCGACCGUUGUCAGCCAGAGCCUUUGCCCACUUGCCAGGAUUUAAAAAGCUGUUUCAAGGGGAGCAGCAGAACAUCCUGCCCUCCACCAGAUAGUAAUAACACGUUUAUUCCUCCAACACCCCCUGAAGAGCUUUUUCCAAAGAGCUCUGCUUCUCUCUCUGUGAAGUCUGCAAGGAGGAGCCCAGCUGCCUGCAGGAAUGAAGGGCUGCUGACUCGGCCGCAGCAGAAUAACGAGGGUGAUGCAGAGCAGCAGGCCAAACCACUCCGGGUCAAUCUUGGCACCGUAGACACAGCUGAGACCGAUGAGAGGAAGGAUGAUUGCACUAUAGAGCAAGGCUUUUCGCUGCAGCUAUCUCAGGAUGUCUUUCCACCUGUUCCCUCAAGUGCUGAAGGUUUCACUAUUAUUGAUGUAGCAAGCGACAAAGUACUUUUCCAGACUUUUGUGGCAGAGUGGAAGGAGAAAAGCAGAUUCUCCAUCGCGGUGGCGUGCGAAAGAACAAAAUGUCUUUCAUCUCCCAGAUCAACGAUUGGUGGCAAAUUCAAAAAAGUAAGUUCUCCCCAGUGGAUGCAAGUUAAAGAUGACGGAUUUCCUGUCCAAGGCUGUGAAGACAUCUUGGUAGUUGGACUGGCAGUAUGUUGGGGUGGAAAAGAUGCCUACUAUAUCUCUUUGCAGCAGAUACAAGACCAGACUGAAAUCAGUAUGAGUUUGGCACCGCCACCUUUGGACAAAAACCUUCCUGUAACAGAGCGACUGUGUCACCUGCAGCUGUACCUGCAGAAGAAGCCCAAGCAGGAGCGCUCACUUGUGAUGUACAACUUCAUUCAGCACUACAAGACCCUGGUGAUGGCUUGUGGCAUCUCCUUGGAAGGAAGUUUUGAGGACCCAAAGGUUGCCUGUUGGCUCCUGGAUUCUGGGUCUAAGGAACGCACGCUCCACAACAUGGUGACUAACUUUCUCCCCAGCGAGCUACCCCUCCUGGAAGGGGUGGGCACCGGCCAAGGGGUGCAGAGCCUGGGGCUUAGUGCCAGCGGAGAUUGUUCUGGGCGGUACAGAGCAGCUAUCGAGUCUGUGCUUAUCUUCAGUGUCAUGGACAAACUCCAUGAUGAAUUACGGAAGGAAAAUCUGACAGAUGUAUUUUCUAAAGUGGAGAUGCCAAGCCACUAUUGCUUGGCUCUUCUGGAGCUGAAUGGCAUUGGUUUUAGCACAACAGCCUAUGAAACCCAGAAGCAGGUCAUGCAAGCUAAACUGAGCGAGAUUGAGACCAAGGCGUAUCAACUGGCAGGCCACAGCUUCUCCUUGACCAGCCCUGAUGAUGUCGCAGAGGUUUUGUUCCUGGAGCUGAAGUUGCCGCAAAAUGGAGAUGGGAGAGUUCAAGGGAACAAGAAAACCCUGGGCUACACCAGAAGAGCAACUGCUAAAGGAAACAGGGUUAGGUUGAGCAGGCAGUUCAGUACAACCAAGGACGUUUUGGAGAAAUUAAAGACGCUUCACCCGUUGCCAGGGCUGAUACUGGAAUGGAGGAGGAUCAACAACGCCAUUACUAAAGUGGUGUUUCCACUACAGAGGGAAAAGCGGCUGAAUUCUGCACUGGGAAUGGAAAGGAUAUAUCCAGUGGCACAGACUCACACAGCUACAGGUCGAAUAACCUUCACAGAGCCAAAUAUCCAGAAUGUGCCAAGAGAUUUUGAGAUUGAAAUGCCAACUGUGAUUGAAGAAAGCCCGCCCUCCCAAGCCCAUGGAAACGUUAAUUCCCGUGCUGUUUCUGGGGGCAGAUGGAGAACGCGUUCCAGUAUUUUGCCUGAUGGCCUGAAGGUUGAGACUGAAGACAGAUCUGAAGAAAGAGGAAUACCAUUUUCUGUUAGCAUGAGGCAUGCUUUUGUUCCUUUCCCAGGUGGCUUAAUCUUGGCUGCUGAUUACUCUCAGCUCGAACUGAGGAUCCUUGCUCAUUUGUCUUGCGACUGUCGACUCAUUCAAGCCUUGAACGGGGGUACUGAUGUCUUCAACAACAUUGCAGCAGAAUGGAAAAUGAUUGAUCCUGAAGCUGUUGGAGAUAGGACCAGGCAACAAGCUAAGCAGAUUUGCUAUGGAAUCAUCUAUGGAAUAGGAGCAAAAUCUUUAGGCGAGCAGAUGGGGAUUGAUGAAAAUGAAGCUGCCAGUUACAUUGAAUCCUUCAAAUCAAGAUACACAGGGAUUCAGAAAUUCUUGAGGGAGACGGUGAGGAGCUGCAGAAGAGAUGGGUUUGUGCAGACCAUCCUGGGAAGACGGAGAUACCUGCCAGCUAUCAAAGAUCCAAACCCCUACAGUAAAGCUCAUGCAGAGCGACAGGCCGUGAACACAACUGUUCAGGGAUCCGCUGCAGACAUUGUCAAAACAGCCACUGUGAACAUUCAGAGACGCCUGGAAGCUUUCUCCUCUGCGAUCAAGUCCCACGGACAUCUGGAGAGCUCCUUCCAGAGGGAGAAGACUGGAAGGCUAACGAGGAAGAGAAACAGAGGGCUGUUACAUCCCAUCAGCGGAGGUUUCUUUAUCCUCCAGCUCCACGACGAGCUCCUCUACGAAGUUGCGGAGGACGAUGUCAUCCAGGUCGCUCAGAUUGUCAAGCACGAGAUGGAAAACGCCAUCAAACUCUUGGUGAAACUGAGUGUUAAAGUGAAAGUUGGACCCAGCUGGGGAGACCUGCAGGACCUGGAGCUCUGA